AUGAAACUUCUGAUCUUGGCUUACGCAGCCCUCUCGCUCGCGGCACUAACACGAGUCAACGACAAGAAUUUCAAGGAAGUGGUAAUUGACUCGGGCAAAUAUGUUCUUGUCGACUUCUACGCCGAUUGGUGCCGUCAUUGUAUGAACUUAAUGCCAGCUAUAGAGGAACUUGCAGAGACGUAUGCAGAUGUUCCUGAGGUUGAGGUCGUGAAAAUCAAUGGAGACGAGGAUGGCCGCAAAAUGACCAAGAAGUACGAUCUUCCGGGGUUCCCUACGUUGCUCUUGUUCCAUGGAGAAGAGAAGCCAAUUGAGUACGAAGGACUGCGCGAUGCGGAAUCGAUCAGUAACUUUAUUCAAUUGGCCUCCAAGAUCCGUUUGCCAUCUGCAGCGGAAGAGGUUUCGUCGCUGGUCAUCCAACUCACGGACUAUAACUUCAAAACUGACGUCUUGUGGGCACCAUACAAGACACUUGUGCUCUUUUCCGAAAACGACAAGAAAAGCAAGAAACUACAUUCUAUCUGGAACGAUUUGACUGGUGUUUACGCAGCCGAAGAGGACCAGGUUCGCUUCGGAAGAGUGGACCUCGAUCCUAAGAACAAGCCCCAAAUCAAGAACAUGCUCACCCUGUUUGGCGUGACGCACUCGCCCAUGAUUCUCUUCUUUGACCCAGCUAAAGUUGACGCUGAUGGACUUAAAAGACCUGCGUACUAUAGCGGAGAUCUCUCGUUGUCUGGCUUCACAAACUAUGUGAACAUUGUAGCGGGUCUCGACAGAGACACCGAGGGACGUCUUUCCGAUUCUGCCGGACGUAGUCAUGCAAUUGAGCUGUUGUUUGCAAAGAACCCCGCAGACGUCUUCCCGUUCAUUGCUCAACUCGAGAGCCAGAUAGAGAAGUCUGGUGUGGAAGCUAUGAUCGAACAAAAAGUGCUUUCCCUGGUCGAUGACUUGAAAAUGUUGGCCUACUACAAAAGGGCCGUGGCACACUACAUUAAAGACGGAAAGGCUAGCUUGGAGAGAGAAAGCAACAGAUUGAAGACAAUCUUGGCUGGUGGAAAGGCCAAUGUGGACACAGCAGCGCUUGAUUACAUGCAAAAGCGGUACAAUGUUCUCAGCUCCCUUUUGAAACAUUGA